AUGAUUGAGCUUAGAGGACUGUAGAAUUUAUUGAAGUACAUUUAACAAAGUUCAUUAGAAUCCUAUCCUCUCUAUAAGAACUCCUAUAUGGUUAGAUAAUCUUCUGUUUCUAUUUUUUUAAGGUUUACUCAUUCAUUUAUUGACACCCAUCCACAAAUAUUUUAAUGUGUAAAGGGUAUGUCUAAAGAAUCCUAGGAGAUGUAACCAAACAUGAUCACCUCAACAUAAGCUAUCUAGUAAAUCAUUAAUAGGAAUACAAAUCUAGCUAUAGACCGAAUAGAGGAAAUAACAAAACAUUUAGAUAGCUCGAAUAUAAGAGAGAAUGCAAUAGAAAUACUUUAUAUGAAAAGAAGUAUUAGGGAUAGUGAUUUACACAGUGGGUAAGUUGCUUUUCCAGGUGGUAAAGCAGAUGGAGAUGAAAAUGACUUGUAAGCAGCAAUAAGAGAAGUUUAAGAAGAAAUAGGUUACAAUCUUUAUUCUAAAUAAAAUUACAUUUAUUUAGGAAAGCUACCUUUAAACGUCUUUGCAUAUUUUAGAAAAGGAUAGAAAAUAAUGAUGUCUGUGAAUAUAUUCUUGCUUUCCCCAGAUGUAUAGGAAGAAUAGUAAAUUUUAAACCCUGAUGAAGUUUCAAAUACGUUUUGGGUUCCACUUUCUAAAUUUAUUUAUCCGUAACCAGGCAGUGUGUAUUAUAAGGAAUUACACAGAAGACCAAACAAUGUGCUCUCCCUUAACAAAAAUGUUUAAAAAAUGAUAGAAUUUCUUGCAUUCAAAAAUUAUAAGUACAUGAAAUAAUGCCAUAUGAAGCUGAAUGGAGAGGAGCUUUUUGGUUUGACAUUUUAUGUAACUACUUACAUGCUUAGGAUUAUGUAUCUUAAAAAUUAAGAAACCUUUGAAUAAUAUGAUCAUUUAACAUAGCUUUAGGAAAUGAUAAAGCUAUCUAGGAUUCAAACAUUUCAUUUUGCUCCUCAUAACUCUUUGUUAUCCCUACUACUAAAAAAAGUAUAUUACCAAAAAAGGCUUCAAUAGUUUGAUUAAGUUUGA